AUGCGGCUCUUCGUCGUUCAUUUCACGAUCUGGGUCACAGCGCUGCAGGUCGAGUCUGCGGCAGUGUGGUGGAAGCUCCGACAAGAUCGUCUGCAGGCGGGCCUGUGUCCCGACUCCACCGACGACCUGUGCUCCAGUGGCAAGCCCGAGACCUCCCGGCAGUCCUGCAAAUGCGACUACGCCUGCGCUCACUACGGAGACUGUUGCGUGGAUGCGCCAAGAAGUCCGACACGUGGCGAGCCCGCCGGGUCCGCGGCGUGGGUCUGCCAUCGGAGCGGGUUCUUCGCGCUGCGGUCCUGUCCGGCACGGUGGCCCCCAGAUGACCCAGUUCGACGCCUUUGCGAGGGCUGGGAGGACGCCCCGAUACGGACCUACCUGACGGACGUGCCUUCCUUCUCCGCCGACUCGGAACGGAUGUACUGGAACAUGUUCUGUGCUGCGUGCCACGGAGAUGCUAUGAGGCUUACCUCAUGGCCUGCGAGUUUGGACUGCGACUCGGCGCCGCUGGGCGGUCGUGGACCGGGACCCGUGGCCAUAUUCGACGAACACUCGCUGCGGCAGCUUGUCAGACUCGGGAACCUGACAUACACAGGGAGUGGCCGGUUCUUCGUGACGGACAGGUACGAACGCCACGCCUGUGUACUUCAUCUUCAGCCGGUGGGAUGGAAGAACUUCACCCAGGCUCAUCUGCUGCGGUCGUGCGCGGCCGGCGCCGAAGCGACGCCGAGGUGCAGGUACGGACCGCACGAGUUGGCGUCUAAGUGCGCGGCUUACACGGCCUACGUGCACGACCGGGUGGCUCAGAGGAACUACAGAAACUAUCACUGCGCCAUCUGCGACGUACGACAGAGGCAACGGCUAGCUUGCGGCGCUUAUGUGGACGUGCAGCGCGUUGAAGGAAAGCUCGUGUCCUACGGUUGGACGCUCAAUUUUCCUGUCUGGAGGCCCUCCGCGGACCCGUCGGGCGAGUGCGGCAGCGACGACCGCAUGCGGGAUGACUUGACCGGAGACUGCGUCCCGACAGGAUGCGCUCCUGGUCUGGUGCCGACUCCUGGAGGUCGCUGCGUCAGUCCGGACAACGAGAUUCUCGACCCCUUCGAGAAACCGGUGCCAAACUGCCCCCUCAUCAAGUUCGACUCGGAAUUCCUGGCGCUACUUCGGAACGGUUCGCUCCUCCUCAACAUCAGCGGACGUGGACAGGUCUACGCUCUGGACCAGUUUCGUCUGGUAGCUCAGAUGAACGAACAGAACAGGACAGUCGGAUGGUACGCUGUGGCUUGCUCCGGACACCGGAUACCCUUCAUCUGGGAACCUACGUUGCUGCUGGUCUCAAGAUUGUGCCUCGGCAUUUCGGCGGUCUGCCUGGCCGUCCUUCUAGCGACCAGACUCUUCGAACUGCACUCACGAAGACACAAGAUGGCGGCCUGCCUCGCCGCGUGCGCCCUGCUGUCUCAGGUGCUGCUUCUGGUGGAACCACACGUGACACCAUUUGGUCGCGGCUGCGCCGUUCUUGGUCUGGCGGCUCACUAUUGGCAUCUAGCCUGCCUCGCGUGGACAGGCGCAAUGGCCGGCGACGCGUACCGCGCCCUCCAUGCCCUCCGAAACACGCGACCGGACGGCCGCUCCAUCCGCCAGAUAGGCCUACUUUGCUGGCUCGCCCCCGGCGCCAUAGUUGCCGGAGCCGGCGCUCUGGACCGAUUGCAGCCCGAUUCGACGGUACGACCCCUGUACGGCGAACCGAUGUGCUUUCUCAACGGUACCCUAGGAGCCGCGCUGUUCCUCGUAUCUCCGGCGGCUGCCGUACUCGUAGGGGCCGCCACGUUGUUAGGCCUAGUGGCGCCGCGGCUCUGCGGUCCGCCGCCGCAGACGAAGCCGGCUAGGGCCGAGUUCCGAGCGGAUCGAGUUCGUUUCAUCACCAUUGCUACAUUGGUGUCUUUAGCGCUGCUUACGUGGAUGGCAGCCGUUCUUGCCGUGGGGCUUCAGGUACCGGCCUUGUGGUACGGUUUCACGACGGGCCUGGCAGCGCAGGGGGUGUUCGCGUUGGUGGCUUUCGCUCCUCUAGGUCGGCUGGCUGCGAGAUUACGCGGGACGCGUUCUGCAGGUGUCCUGGUCGCGAGUGCUUCGAGUGGACACCUCCCGGACGCUGUGGCGGCUUCGACAGUGGAUGCUGGUCCCUACCGAAAGCACCUGGCACAGCUGCAAGAAUCACCGACCAGGAGGAAAUCCAGCUGCAAGCCUAACCUCGAGCGUCGAUUCAGCAACAAGCGACCUCUGGUCAUCGAAGACGAGAUAGACAACGCCUAAAAACCUCUUGGACGAAAGCCAGACCUCGUUUUUGUAACGUCACGCUGUGCACAACAGCGCAA